ACUUUGAGAGACAUUGUUGCAUCUUGCUCAUUGCCCUCUUCUGCUUUGAGUGCAGAGGGACGGCAAUGACAGAUAAUAUAGAGGUUGUGGCCUCUGAGCCAUUGCUAUUGCCGGAGAGAAAGAAGAGCAUUAGCCUGAUGUUCUUCAGGUUCAUCUGUGUUGUUCUCUUGGCUGUCGCCGCUUGUUAUCUCUUUGUCAGCAACUUCAGUUCAUGGACACAGGAGUUCGAAAAAGAAGUAUGUGACCUUUCUGCUGGGAAGUGGAUUUCAAAACCUGAAGGACCAUCGUAUACAGAUGAAUCCUGUGAUUACAUGGCAAGUUAUACAAAUUGUUUGAAAAAUGGGAGGCCUAAUAGAGAUUUCCUUUACUGGAAAUGGCAACCAAAUGGCUGUGACUCACCUCCUUUUGAUCCACUCAAAUUUCUCAACGCAAUGCGCAAUAAAUCAUUUGCACUGAUCGGCGAUUCUAUCUUCCGGAACCAUGCUCGCUCGUUGCUCUGCCUAAUCUCUCCGGUAGCAAAGCCUCAAGAGAUAUAUCACGACAGGACCAACACUGGGACAUUUUACUACCCAGAGUACAACUUUACAAUCUAUGACAUAUGGUCUCCAUUUCUAGUUAGUUAUAAGCUUGAAGCAUAUCUCCCAACCAUGGAAGUUUAUCUUGACAAGCUGGAUAGCAAAUGGACGGAGAAGUAUGACAAGUAUGACUAUAUGCUCAUGUCUGGUAGCCACUGGUUCUACAAAAGAACAAUCAUAUAUGACAACAACAAAGUCAUUGGCUGCCAUUACUGCCCUGACUUGGGCCUCAAGGAUAUAGACUCUGAUGUGGUUUACAGGAAGGCACUCGAGUUAACUUUCAAGUUCAUCACUACAUCCGAGCACAAGCCCUUUGUUAUCCUUAGGACAUGGUCACCUACUCAUUAUGAGGAUGGAGAGUUUCCUGGCUCAAGAAUUUGCAACAGGACUGAGCCAUUUAAAGAAGGGGAAAUCAAUGGGGAUCCUACAGACCUUUCAAUGAGGAACGUUGAGGUUGAGGAGUUUGAGAAGGCUGCAGCCAUUGGAGAAAGGAAUGGGGUGAAAAUCAAGCUUCUUGAUACUUACCAUCUUUCACUGUUGAGGCCUGAUGGGCAUCCAGGUGCCUACAGGAAUUACCAUCCAUUUGAUAGUGGUAAGAAGGAUGUUGAGAACGACUGCCUCCAUUGGUGUGUGCCUGGUCCGAUUGACACUUGGAAUGAACUGCUCAUGAAGAUUGCCAUUCCCUGAAUUGCUCAUUACUCUGUCUUCUUCAUUGGUCUGAAUUGGAGAAGGAGAUCUUUUAAUAAGUACUUUUGAGCAAGUAGUGCAUUCUUAAGUUUGUUAAUAAGUUGAUUUGGACUGCUAAGGAGUAUUCCUUGAAUAUAUAUAAAAUCUCAGUACUUAAACAUUGAGCAAGAUGUAUUUUCUUUAAACAUUGUGCUUUUUUUAUUUUUUA